AUGACGCUCGCCGAAGAGUUUAGAUCAAGGAAUUUCAGCAUCUACGCACAAUGGACCGGAAUCCUCUCCAUGCUAAUAUGCUUUGCUGUUGGAAUUUCUAACCUCUUUCGCGUUCCAUCUAUCAUACUUGCAUUCAGCAUAGUAUGCCUAGCUUGUUCCCCAGUCAUCCUGUUUAUCGAGGUACCACUGCUCCUGCGCAUCUGCCCUACUUCAUCCAAGUUCGACGCAUUCAUCCGCCGUUUCGCAUCCAACACAAUGCGUGGAGUUAUCUACCUUGCCAUGAGCGUCAUUCAGUGGCUCAGUCUUGUGUCAAAGGAAGCUACGAGCUUGAUUGCGGCAGCCGUUUUUCUUCUCUUUACCGCCAUCUUCUAUGCUCUAGCUGCUGCUAAGGGCCAGGAAUUCACCGGAAGUAAGACCCUUGGUGGACAAGGCGUUGCGCAAAUGAUGGUCUAA